AUGACUGUAGACGCGUUAAAGAAAAAGAACCCUGAUUGCAGGACACUCACCCUUAAUGGACACGUCGGGUUUGUUAGCCUUCCUGAUCAAAUAGUCGACAAAUCAAUUGGUGAAGGCUUUGUUUUCAACAUAUUGUGCGUCGGUGAAACCGGUUUGGGGAAGUCUACUCUUAUCGAGACACUUUUUAAUCAAAAGUUUGACUUUUUGCCAUCUUCACACGAUUCUCCUGAUGUUAAGCUGAAGUCCAAGACUUAUGAUUUAAAGGAAGGCAAUGUAAAGCUUAAACUUACAGUAACCGAAACGUGUGGUUUUGGUGAUCAAAUAAACAAAGAGAACAGUGCCGACAGCGUCGUUGAAUUCCUCGACAAACAAUAUGAAAGCUACCUCCAAGAAGAACUCAAAAUCAAACGCGCCAUGCACACUUAUCACGAUACCCGCGUGCAUGUUUGUCUUUACUUUAUCGCUCCAACGGGACACAGUUUAAAGUCUGUGGAUCUAGUGUCAAUGAAGAAAUUGCAGGAUAAAGUCAACAUAAUCCCGAUUAUUGCCAAAGCAGACACUAUCACGAAAGCCGAACUUGCCAACUUCAAGACCAAGGUUAUGUCCGAGAUUAAGGCCAACAACAUUCGCCUUUACGAGUUUCCAACCGAUGACGAAAUCGUCAGCGAACUGAAUGGAAAUACAAAUAAAAUGCUACCUUUCGCUGUUGUGGGGAGCACAGAUGAGACGAAGAUAAACGGGAGGACGCUGCGCGUGCGCCAGUACCCGUGGGGCUGCGUCCAGGUGGAGAAUGAGGCGCACUGCGACUUUGUGCGACUUCGUGAGAUGCUUCUGCGUGUCAACAUGGAGGACCUGCGUGAGCGCACGCACACCGUCCACUACGAGACCUACCGCAAGCACCGACUCACGGAAAUGGGCUUUCGCGACGACGAGAAGAUGUCGCUGCAGGAAACCUACGAGAAACGUCGCGAGUCCCAACAGAAGGAGCUCAAACAAAAGGAGGAGGAGAUGCGUCAGAUGUUUGUCCAGCGUGUCAAGGAGAAGGAGCAAGUUCUCAAGGAGACUGAACGAGAGCUUCAGGCCAAGUUCGAGGCCAUCAAGAAGCAGCACGCCGAGGAGAAGAAGAAGCUGGACGAGAAGCGUCGCAUUCUGUCGGAGGAGAUGGCGGCCUUCGAGCGGCGAAAGCAGCUGGCAGAACAGGCCAAGCAGGGGAACCUGACGAUGAAGAAGAAGAAGUAG